CCUUCGGCGUCCUGAGAGCAGCGAGAACGGUGCGGGGCGAGCGGGCAGGAGCUCCAGCCUCGGCUGCGGCGAGUUACACCGUUUCCAAUCUGUCCGCGUCCGCCGCCGCCGGAGCCGGAGCCAGGAUGUUCAGGAUGCUGAGCAGCGGUUUUGAGGAUGACCCCUUCUUCUCUGAUUCUUUUAAUGCUCACCGAGAAAGUAUGCGACAGAUGAUGAGAAGUUUUUCUGAACCUUUUGGAAGAGACUUGCUUAGCAUCUCCGAUGGCAGAAGAAGAGCUCGCAGUCGUACAGGACACGAUGAUGAUGGGGAAAAUCACUUGACUGCAAGGAGUUCUCUUCUGCCUUUUGGCAGUUUUGGUGCUAUGCGUACAGAUGUCAACCCUUUUCAGGCCAUGGACCGAAUGAUGUUAAAUAUGCGAAACAGUAUGCAGGAAUUACAAAGAAACUUUGAUCACCUUUCAAUGGAUCCAAAUGGACAUUCGUUUACUUCUUCCUCAGUUAUGACUUAUUCCAAAGUAGGAGACGAACCACCAAAGGUUUUCCAGGCCUCAACUCAGACCCGUCGGGCUCCAGGGGGAAUAAAGGAAACUAGGAAGGCAUUGAGAGACUCUGACAGUGGACUAGAAAAAAUGGCUAUUGGCCAUCAUCUCCAUGACCGAGCUCAUGUCAUUAAAAAAUCAAAGAACAACAAGACUGGAGAUGAAGAGGUCAACCAGGAGUUCAUCAAUAUGAAUGAAAGUGAUGCUCAUGCUUUUGAUGACGAGUGGCAAAAUGAGGUCUUAAAAUACAAACCAGGGGGACAGUGGCGCAAUCUAGAAAACAGCAGGAUGCGUGGUGUUGGGCAUGAGAAUUCAGGAUCCCGAGAACUUAAAAGAAGGGAGAGACCUCAUCAAAGUCCCGCCAUUGAACACGGAAGAAGAGCAAAUGCUUUUGUGGACAAACUCAACAUCAAAGGCUCACCUGUGAAAAUCAACAAAAAAUAAAUAGCCUUGCAUUUGAAGUGUUUAGUUUGGGUUGUUUUAACAGAGAAAAUAAUGGUGCUGGGUAAUACACAUAAGACCAAUCUCUUGUUGUUAAAUCAAUACUGUACUUUGCAACUUUCUUCUGAUAUCUCGAUGUAAUGGAAGUGCUAGCUUUAUAAUUGUCCUACUGGAAGAAUAAAACUUUGAUUUUCAAUGACACAG